UAAACUCUCCAACUCAACAGGGAAACGCAAACCAAACCAGCUUUAACGGUUGUAAAGUUGUUGAGAUUUUUCAAUUAAGAUGCGAAAUACACCUUAACAAAAAUUUAGGUCUUAAUAAUAUCACUUACUUUAUUUUGUACUGAGGCAAAUUUAUUUUGAAAUGGGUAGGCUAAUAACAUAUGACAACAUUGUUCAAGAGCAAUUAAAUAAAAUAUAUAAGGAUAAAAUCCCUCUAACUGGUUUGAUCAUUGGUCAGUGCAGUGACCAAAAAGAUUUUGCUAUACGUUUGUGUGGGACGCCUCUGAAGGAUGACUCUGGAGAAGCAGGGGGUGAAACACCAAAUAAAAGAUCUAGCAAAGUUAUUGAUUUGGAUGAGCCAUGGAUUUGUCAGCAUGCUAAACAGCUAAUGCGAGCCCUUCCUGGUGGCUUGGAUAUAUUAGGCUUUUAUGCUGUUGUGCCUUCUGAUUUUUCUUCUAAAAACCAAACACAGCUGAGACAGAGUAGGUCUUUGUUUACAGAGGAUGGUCAUCUUGAAUGGACAUCAUCUUUGAGGCUGAAAUUUGCACACUUAAACUACUCAAACCAUCUUCAAACUGUGUCAUCAAAAACUGAUUUAUUUUCCAUUUUCAAAAUCCUUGGAAAAAAUCAAAAACUUAAUCUGAAUUCAACUGAGAGGAUAUUACUGACUGUAUGCCCUGUAACAUCAAAGAUAGUUUGCCGAACAUAUGACAUUGCAGAUUAUAAGAGUGGUGCUAAUCCUGCAGAAUGGAAGUUAUUUCCUGGAACCAUGAGGUGGCAUCGUGUGCGAUGCCAGCUUGCUGUGGAUAUUAAAUUUCCUAUCAAAAGUGAGGAUGCUGGAUUGAGUUUACAAAAGCAAAUUGAGAUAGGUUUACAUCCUUUUCUUGAGAAUGUAAAAGAAGCCCAUGCUCUUGUAAAUGGUGUUCAAAGGGAACUAGAGGAACCUCUGGAGCCAGUUACAGAAGGAGGGAAGAAAUCCCGAAAGAAAGCAGCAUCAGACAGUGAUAAAAAGAUAAUGCUUCGAGAUUGGCAUGACAUAGAGCUUUUCAUUCCUUUGGAAAACAACAAUAAUAUUUCAAAUCCUGAAAUAUGUGACUGUGUGUGCAUGAUGACUUUUAAAGGUACUGUACAAUGUAGAGCUUAUGUUCAUGGAAAAGCCAGUAUUCUAGAAGCCAUUAAUGCUUUAAAACAAGAUAUUAUCAGAAGUAUUACAGCCAGAUGUGAAAUUCACUGUGAAGAUUUGUUACUUAUAGAAGAAGAACAGAAAGAUCCAUUAGUAGUGCAUGAAUUGCCUCGUCGAGUGUUUGCUCCUUUACCUCAAGGAGAUAUUUGUGUUUGUGACUACCAGUUUCACAGUGAUACAGCUGUUGAUUCACUUGAUGCAUUUAGGGAACUACUUAAUUUGGAACUCACUGAAGAUGAUAUUGAUACUUCGUGUGAAGUUUCACCAACUACUAGCAAUUUAAUAUUACCAGAAGUAAUGGAAGAUAGACUCUCUGAAUUUGGAGACACUCCUGCACAUUCCUCUCUUAAUAUGUAUGUUCCCAUUGCUGGUGUUGCAAUUACCAUUGCUGUAGCUAUGUUUUCUUAUCUCUUUGCUUCUCAAAGCAAUUGAUUUAUACAUUCCACCAAACUGAAGAGAAUUUUGCAUGUCUGUAACCAGUUACAGUGUUCAUAGAAAAUAUCUCCUUACAUUUUUUAUAAAUGUACAAAUGUCUCCUUGCAAACUUUUCCAAGAAUUAAAAUACUUGCCUUCCUAAUGAAUUCUUAUUUAUUCAUUUUAAUGAAGAGUUUUAGCUUAUAUAUGUUAUUUUAUAUCAUAUGUUAAUAAAAUUAUUCUAAAUUAAAAAGUA